GCGGAGGGAGGGCAGCCUGGCUGCGGGAAGCGAGGCUCCGCGCUGGGACUGGUUCCUUCGCAGCCAUUUUCCGUCCAACCAAACAGCCGAUUUGCGGAGGGAGCCAACCAGGGCCGCACUGGAGAUGGAUGGUGACAGCUCCACAACAGAUGCUUCUCAGUUAGGAAUUGCUGGAGAUUACAUUGGUGGCAGUCAUUAUGUCAUACAGCCUCAGGAUGACACAGAAGACAGCAUGAAUGAUCAUGAAGAUACAAACGGUUCAAAAGAGAGUUUCAGAGAACAAGAUAUAUAUCUUCCAAUUGCAAAUGUGGCAAGGAUAAUGAAAAAUGCCAUACCCCAAACAGGAAAGAUUGCUAAGGAUGCAAAGGAAUGUGUACAAGAGUGUGUAAGUGAAUUCAUCAGCUUUAUAACAUCAGAAGCAAGUGAGAGGUGUCACCAAGAGAAAAGAAAGACCAUCAAUGGAGAGGAUAUUCUCUUUGCCAUGUCUACCUUGGGGUUUGAUAGUUAUGUUGAACCUUUGAAGUUAUACCUCCAAAAAUUCAGAGAGGCAAUGAAAGGAGAAAAGGGAAUUGGGGGAACAGUUACAACUGCAGAUGGUCUAAGUGAGGAGCUCACAGAAGAAGCAUUUACUAACCAGUUGCCAGCAGGCUUAAUAACCACAGAUGGCCAACAGCAGAAUGUUAUGGUCUAUACAACAUCAUAUCAACAGAUCUCUGGUGUUCAACAAAUUCAGUUCUCAUGAUUUUGAAGAAAAUUUUCCAUCUGGGAACAUGAGACGGAAAACCUGUGCAACUCUAACGAAGAGGCAGUUUUAAUGACUGGUGAAGAGAUUUAUCUCUUUGUAUAUUAAAUAGCUGUAAUGUAGCUACCAGAAGCUUGACUAAUUGAGGUGAGAGUUCUGACUCAAAUCUUUUUCAUGAUGAUUUUAAAGAAAUAAUUGGAUUUUAAAGGUAUUAAAGUAUUUUUGUUUUGUACAAGAGUUUGUUGCUCUGUAUAACUCCUGUAUGCAUUGUAUAUUGCAAUUUAUUACUGUCAGAGAUUUGUAGACAGUUUCUUAUUUUCAUAUUGAAUCAUGUUACUUUUGUAAUUCAGGUGAACAGCUGGGUUAAUUCAUGCUUACCCUUUGAAUAAAAUUGUAAGGGUAAAGUUCAUUUUUGAAUGCAAGUUGCCUUUAUUAUAAAGAUUGAGUUAGUCUUGGUUAUGUAACUUGUCUUGCAUGACAACCUCAACUAACCUGACACGUCAGCUUAUUUAUUGAGAUUUUGUAAGGGACUUUUUCCUCAUGAAACUAGCAGCUCAAAAGCAUUGCUACAAUUGUUUUUUCUAAUGUAACUUCUGAAUUAAAGGUUAAUCAAAACCAAUGAAUGCUCUACUACAUUUAGAGGUUUAGAGCUUACAACAGUGUUAAUGAAAGCAAUGCAGGUUUUCUUUUUUAAAAUUUUUUUCAGUUGCAUUAAUUCUUGUUCGAAUUACUUUGAUACUUUUAAGGUAGUCUUUCUGCUAUUGAAAUAACUCCUCCUUUUUAUGUAUGGCUUGUAGAAUCCCAAACUUUGAAAUCCAAGGGUAGGGGGGAUUUUAUAGUCCUUGUGGUAAAAGAUCUCAUUUUAAUUUUUUACUGAAAUGUUUUAACAUUUCUUGUGAGCCUGUGGAAACUCAAAAGUGGUAGUGACUUUCUGUGUCUGGGCUGCAUGUUGUGUGGGUGUGUAUGGGCAUGAGUGGCUGACAGCUGAUUAAGUGAUACAAAUCUGAAAUGGAAGACAGACUUCAGGUUUGCUGUCUCUUUCUUGGUUUUGCAAUAAACUCUACCUAGGUAAUGUA